AUGGCUCUUGGCUCACAGCUCGAUGACUGCACAAUUGUAUGGCUAUGCCCACUAGAGGUGGAACUACGUGCGGCGAUCGCUAUGCUCGACAAGGUCUACGAAGAAAUCCCACCUAGAGCGUGGGGCCAGAACGUGGUCUAUACGGUAGGUGAGAUCGGCCCUCAUAAGGUGGCCGUCGUCGGGUAUUACCAGGAACAAGGUCUCGCCGUAUCGGGAAGCAUGGCUGCGGAGGUCGUUCGGGACCUUCCUAACCUGCAAGUGGGACUCCUUGUCGGUAUUGCUGGUGGAAUACCUUCCUCGACCAUGGAUAUGCAACUCGGGGAUGUACUGAUAGCGACACCAGAAGGUGAUCGUCCGGGUGUGGUGGGUUACGACCUCGGCAAGGCGGGGGAAGACGAUGCCUUUGAACUUAAGCAUUGGCAGAACUCGACGAAUCCUCUUCUACGUUCGGUCAUUAAUGUGGUGAGGGCGCGGGACGAACAUGAAUUCAGGAGGCACCUUCGCAUCUUGGAGAGACGACCGGAGUUUCGAAGACCAGACCAUCCUGCUCUGCCGAAAAGCAGCGGAGACACCUGGGAUCCGCAGCACGGAGUUGCGCACCCCAAGGCGCACUACGGUACCAUCCUCUCUGGGAACAGUGUGAUCAAGUCGAAGGCAAAAAGAGACCAUCUGAGAGACAGGUACGGUGGUAUAGCAGUGGAAAUGGAAGCAGCAGGAAUGAUGACAAGACUACCAGUGGCAGUGAUUCGAGGCAUCAGUGAUUUCGCUGAUUCCUCGAAGAAUAACGCCUGGCAACCGUACGCGGCGAUCACUGCAGCGGCAUAUGCCAAAGAAGUCCUGCUUCGAUUACCUUGUGUGCAUCGAGCCGACUGUGAGCGUCCGUCGGGGCAUGAUCUGCGUAAUGCUGGAUCAACACCAUUUGCAAACCGAGAUCUUCGUUUGGCACAAGCCUUACCGGAAAAAUGGGCUUUCAUAGGGAGAAAAGAGGAACUGGCAUUUCUGGAGGACCAUCUAGGCUAUCGGGCCCAACCGCCGCUGCAAAGGUGCGUCGUCAGUCUCUGGGGUCUAACUGGAGUCGGCAAAUCGCAGUUGGCGGCAAAGUUUGUGAAUCAACAGCGAUCAAAUCACCCGGAGCGUGAGAUUUUCUGGGUUAGUGGCGAAAGCAGAGACAGCUUCGAGCAGAGCGUCAUCAAUAUGCUCAAAGCUGGGAGCCAUGUAGCUUCUUCGAAGGAUGCGAGUGCGGCGAAACCGUCUCAAGAAGACCGAACAGGACUCGUCAACUCAUUUUUCGCCGAACUCAACCGCGUAGAAGAUGCAAGAUGGCUUUUGGUUGUCGAUGGGAUCAAUGGAGAACUUCGCCAGACUCCAAACGACUCGUCAUUUCUCGACAUCCCCAGCCUCGUUGGAGGUCUAAAGCGAGGUUACGUUCUUCUCACUUCAAGAAGGCGAGACAUAGUCACGAAGUAUCACCCAAUACGUGAAGUCAAAGGGCUGAAAGACGAUGAUGCUAUCAGUUUGCUCCGAUUGCAGGUCGAUCGCCAGUUGAUGGAAGAAGGGGGCGUGGAAGACUUAGCACGCUUUCUCAAGGGCUCGCCCCUAGCGCUUCGCCUUGCUGCGUCGGUCAUUUCUCGCUAUCGUUACACGGUCAAGGAUUAUUUGGAAAAUUGGAGAAGUCGUGGUUCGGACGGCGAGUUUUUUGGGGGCGCGGAUGAGACUUUAUCUCGUUCCAUCGGCUUCCUUUACCACCAGGAUCUAUGGUAUGAUCUCUGUUUUUCUGCUGUCGACGAUACCUAUCCUACGUGGCUUCAAGAUCUGGCGAGGGGACGAAAGUCAUUUCGAGAUUACUAUCCGCUGCUGGCAGAUCUAUCCUUCAUUGAGUUGACAAUUUCGACCAAGGGCCACCGGAUUUGGGAAACUCACCCGGCAAUUCAAGUCGCGGCCAGACAAAGAGCAACUGCCGACGAACAGGAGUACAUCCGUUGCGCAAUCUCUCUCGUGGCUUCUCGCGUCCCCAGGUCCUACGAGGAGAGUUCCUGGGAGACGAUGCGACGGCUAGAACCACAUGUAGAGCUUUGCUGGAGUUAUAUAAAACAAGGCAGAUGGGGACCGAACACCAACCUCACCGAGCUGGAAAGUCUAGGUCGAGUUUUCCGACAUGUCGGUCGAUACAGGGAAGCAUCACUUAUUUACCGAAUGAUAGAGAGUGGUCUCAGUUCGCAGACGCUCACUCACGACAAUGCCGAGUUCCUGGCCAACGUGCUCACCAAUCUCGGACUUGUCUACACGCGCCAGCGGGAGUUUGGGCCUGCACUACGCGCCUUCCGAAGGUCAUCCGACUUGAUGAGCGCGCUGGGUAUGCUAACCCCCGAUGCAUCAAUGUCAAUAACGUACAACAAAGCAGUGGUGUUCAUGAUGACAGAGAGGCUCGACGAGGCGGAGGCAUUGUUGCGACAAGCAGCGGCUCACUUCUCCCGACACCCAACAGACCAGCAUAUGCCUAUGAGCGAUGAUUGGAAGCGUCUAUACAUCCGAAUACUAAAUGACUUCGGCGAGGUAUCUUUGCAAAAAGGCUCCGUAGCAGCGGCGGUGGACCUCUUCCAUCAUGUCUACGACAGCCAAAAGGACUGGUUGGGUGACUUCCAUCCAACCAUCCUCUCGGUCAAGCUGAAUUUAGGGAGAGCUCUCACCAAGCUCCAUCGAUGUACCGAAGCUCAGGCCUUACUAACAGAAGUGAUUGCAGUCUAUACUGAAUGGUGGGGACGUCGCCAUCCGGAGACCAUGCGAGCAAUCGACGAGCUGGCUCUGGCAUUCAUGGAAGACGUCCAGGGCAAGCAGGCAGCAAAUAAGCUUGCUUCUUCAGAAAUGCAAAGAGCAGAAGAGCUCUGGAAAGAAGUCUUGACUUUCUAUAGGAGUAUAUAUGGAGAUUCGUCAGAUGCGACAGGCCGGAUCAAAUCGAAUCUACAGUAUCUCUGCUCUUUAAGAGAUAGAUUCAGAGCAGUCAAACUCUCCUGUUUCCACCCGUCAUCCCGUUUAUACCUUCGAGAGAACCUCCGCUACUUCUCCACUGCGCGAUUCGCGCAAUCGACCUUCCUCAACCAGUCGUUCCAAGUUCCAGUUGGAAACAAUGGACAUGUGUUCCUGAAUGUAACCUAUCCCUCCAUAGCGCCUACCCAUGGCCGACCGAGUGUGAUCAUCCGCCUGCCUUCGGGCCCGUUGUUUCAGCGAGAGGCAGAACAUGACAUGAACUUGCCCACGACUCAUCAAACACCUCGUACUUCUUUGAAUUCUGGAAACCAAGAUGGUCCCCGCUCGGAAGCUCUGGCGUCCAUCACUUCCUCGACGGUCGUAACGAUCAAUUACCGUCUAGGGGCACCAUCGACAGACCUCGCAUCGGAGUUGGCCCUCUCCGAAGACGAAGAGGAGAGGCGCCUCUCUGCGGUCAAGAAGCAGAAUGCCUCACCCUCACAAGUCUUCUACCGGUACCCUACACCCGUCCACGAUACCCUGGCCGGAUUCGACUGGGUCCAGCAGACCCUCCGACCCGCGCGCCUAGGUGUCAUCGGCACACACGUCGGUGGCUCGUUGGCGCUCAUGCUCGCCCUCACCGAAGCGCAAUCUGUUCAAGCCGUCGCCGCCCUAGAGCCUAUCUGCGAUUGGGCCGGAUUGGACGAGCACUGUCUUAUGGACGAGCAACAAGCUCACGAGGAAAAUACUGCCAGCAAGAGAACACGGGGUGCAGGAAGCCGAAUCCCCGCUGCGCAGGAUCUCGUCCCGCUCCUUGAAGCACGCGAAAAAUUCUUCACCACGGCGGAGCGCUACUUUGAUGCUUUCGCCUCGCCUGUCCUAUUCCUACGGUCGGCAGGUAAAGAUGUCCCGAGGACGUUUCCGAAGUACCGGACUGGACCGGACUAUCCGGUUCCUGUGCUUGUGUCCAAUAAGCCGGACAGACAGCCGAUUGAUGUCUGGGAUCUCGACACGCAAGACCAGGCAAUCCAUCCGCAGAAUGACAUCUACGACUCCUCGGAGACAGAUCUACCACGAGUUCCAGAGUCAAAGUCCACGGUCGACCCCGUCGAUGCAACCAUCCAGGGCCGCACCAUCCGCCGCCGCAAGGCACUCUCGCGCUGGCCCCCGUACGGCUUGGACUAUGGUUCGAGCGCCUCCCCUCACUACCACAUGCACAACUACGGGAUCAAACGGCUCGAGAUGGCCCUCCCGAAAACCCGUCUCUUCGUCCGCGCCCGCGAGGACGAACAUGCUGACCCUGCCCCUGCCCCUGCGCCAGACGGGAAACGGCAGCACCCCCGGAACCCGAGGAAGACACCGCGGCGCUCAGUCCUGGCGCAGCAGGCCGAGGAGAUGGUCGAUCUCAUGCGCAGGGCAUGUUUCUGGGGCCGGGAAAAGGGUUACGGGGAGAGCAGAGUCACGCUGUCGCAGGUGGCGUCCGCAUCCGCAAAAUGGCCUGUCUCUGGCGAGGAGGACGCGGGGAGAUGGCUGGGUGAGACUUUGUUUUCGGGAGAUUCCGAUGCUGGAUAG